UUUUUUUGAGACAUAGUCUCGGUCUUGUUGCUCAGGUUGGAGUGGAAUAGCGCGAUCUUGGCUCACUGCAACCUCCGCCUCCUGGGUUCAAGUAAUUCUCCUGACUCAGCCUCCAGAGUAGCUGGGAUUACAGGCGUCCACCACCAUGCCCGGCUAAUUUUUUUGUAUUUUUAGUGGAGACAGGGUUUCACCAUGUUGGCCAGGCUGGUCUCGAACUCCUGACCUCAGGUGAUCCGCCUACCUCGGCCUCCCAAAGCGCUGGGAUUACAGGCAUCAGUCACCGUGCCCGGCCUUGUGAUAGUGUCUUACUCUGGCACCCAGGCUGGAGUGCAGUGGUGCAAUCUUGGUUCACUGCAACCUUUGCCUCCCAGAUUCAAGCGAUUCUUGUACAUCAGCCUCCCGAGCCGCUGAGACUACAGGCACGUGCCACCAUGCCUGGUUAAUUUUGUGUGUGUGUGUGUGUGUGUUUGUGUGUGAUGGAGUUUUGCUCUUGUUGCCCAGGCUGGAGUGCAGUGGUGCGAUCUUCGCUCACUGCAACGUCUGCCUCCCGGGUUCAAGCGAUUCUCCUGCCUCGGGCUCCUGAGUAGUUGGGAUUAUAGGCGCUCAACACCAUACCCGGGGAAUUUUUUGUAUUUUUAGUACAGACGGGGUUUCAUCAUGUUGGCCAGGCUGGUCUCCAACUCCUGACCUCAGGUGAUCCACCCGCCUCAGUGUCCCAAAGUGCUGGGAUUACAGGCGUGAGCCCUGUGCCCAGCCUCAGUGUCUCUCUCUCUCUCGACUAGAGAGACUGACCAGGGACAAUCAACUCUCUCCAGACUGACAGAGAGAGAGACAGAGAGAGCGAGAAAGAGACAGAGUCUGGCUCUCACCCAGGCUGGAGUGCAGUGGUGUGAUCUUGGCUCGCUGCAACUUCUGCCUUCCGUGUUCAAGCGAUUCCUGUGCCUCAGCCUCCCAAGUAGCUGGGAUUAUAGGUCCGCACCACCACGCCCUGCUAAUUUUUGUGUUUUUAGUAGACACAGCCUCACCAUGUUGGCCAGGCUGGUUUUGAACUCCUGACCUCAGGUGAUCCGCCAGCCUCGGCCUUCCAAAGUGCUGGGAUUACAGGCGUGAGUCACCGCGCCCGGCCAAAUAAAAUAAAAUGUUAAAGCAAAUUCAGGACUACCCCUCCUCCAAGUCUUCUGUCCCCUUUGGGCGCCCAGGUGAGCGGGGGAGGGGCUGGGGGAAUAAUAACAUCAAAAGAGCGCCUUUUCCUCCCUUAUUCCGAGGAGACUUCCCUGGUCCUGACUCCCGGUCCUGUCCCCAGUGCCCCGCGGCCUCUCGAGCCCCUUCAGUGACCAAGAUACAGAGAUCAGGACGCCUUUGCGCCGCCCCAAGUGCCCGCCCCUAGCUCGCUCUGCUUGGGCCGCGAGGGAAGGUGAGGUCGGGGGCGGAGCCGGGGCGUGACAGCCGGGGUGUGUGUCCGCCGGCCUUGGUGCCUCCGGUGGCCCUGCAGCACCGUCCCACCUCUGCCACCCUCCGAUGGGGCCGCUACCUGUGUGCCUGCCAAUCAUGCUGCUCCUGCUACUGCCGUCGCUGCUGCUGCUGCUGCUUCGACCUGGCCCCGGGUCCGGCGAGGACUCCAGGACAUUACGUGUGCACCGGCGUGGGAUCCUGGAACUGGCAGGAACUGUGGGUUGUGUUGGUCCCCGAACCCCCAUCGCCUAUAUGAAAUAUGGUUGCUUUUGUGGCUUGGGAGGCCAUGGCCAGCCCCGCGAUGCCAUUGACUGGUGCUGCCAUGGCCACGACUGUUGUUACACUCGAGCUGAGGAGGCCGGCUGCAGCCCCAAGACAGAGCGCUACUCCUGGCAGUGCGUCAAUCAGAGCGUCUUGUGCGGACCGGCAGAGAACAAAUGCCAAGAACUGUUGUGCAAGUGUGACCAGGAGAUUGCUAACUGCUUAGCCCAAACUGAGUACAACUUAAAGUACCUCUUCUACCCCCAGUUCCUAUGUGAGCCGGACUCGCCCAAGUGUGACUGACUACCUUGACUUGAAAUGCUCUUUUGCACAAGGAAAUAAACCGUCCUCUCAGUAAUGAACAACAGCAUUCAGUUAUUUGCAGAAGGGAACCGAAGCCAAGUGAUAAAGCCACAACCUUGUGUUUGCUUUCUCUCCCAAUCCCAGAACUCAGGACUGGAGCCCAUGUGGUUUGCAAUUAAAGGCCAAAAGUCCUGCACCUAUUUUAUAAAACUAUGACUGUGUUUAUCACU